UCUCUCCAGUCCUCAAGGCUCAAACCUUCAGCUGGCUGUCUUUAGGUCGCUAGCUGCAUCUGGACUCUUUUCGUUAUGAAAACCCAAUUCUGAACCUGUUAGCUAGCUAUGCCUUUUUGAAGUGUUGUUGUCGCUAUCAGGUCGAUGGCUAAUUGUCUAGCAAAACAGCUAGCAAACCUUCAGCACUCGUUCAUCACCGACCGGCAAAAAGGGAACCGAAUAAGGCUAUGGAUUAAUAGUUAGAAGUGUACUUGAGUUUCCCGUUCAGUCAAAACAAUACGAUACAAAUAUAUCGAAAGAAGCAGAUAUUUGUUAAAGGAAUUCGAUAAUUCAUUGGUCGUUGGCACCACAGUCAUUCCCAUCAUGGUGCAGAAGUAUCAGUCACCCAUCAGGGUGUACAAGCAGCCUUUUGAGCUGGUGAUGGAGGCCUACGAGAGGCGAUUCCCCACGUGUCACCUGAUUCCCAUGUUUGUGGACAGCGAGGUGUUGGAGGAAACUGAGAGCGAGGACGGAUCCAUACACCAGGUCCAGCGCCGCUGCAAACUGGACGUGGACGCCCCUCGUCUCCUCAAACGGAUUGCGGGGGUGGACUAUGUGUACUUCAGCCAGGAGAACACUCUGAACAAGAGAGAGAGGACGCUCCACAUCGAGUCCCACAACGAGACCUUCUCCAACAGAGUCAUCAUCCACGAACUCUGCAGCUACUCGGCCCACCCUGAGAAUGAGGACUGGACGUGUUUCGAGCAGUCGGCCAGCCUGGACAUCAAGUCGUUCUUUGGCUUCGAGAGCACGGUGGAGAAGAUGGCCAUGAAGCAGUACGCCAGCAGUAUCAAGAAGGGUAAGGAGAUCAUAGAGUUCUACCUAAACCAGCUAGAGGAAGAGGGGAUAAGCCACGUGCCCCGCUGGACUCCCUCCCUGGAUGCUCCCUCCUCCUCCUCCGUUACCACCAAACAUGUCUGUGCCACCCCAAAGCUCCUCCACCUGGAGCUGCCUGUCACGCCCGCCGUCUCAAUCCCCGUGUCCACUGAUGCCAGUGACCAUGAGAUUGCCACUGCCACCAAUAAUGAUGCCACCCAAAGUGAUGCCACCAGCAACGAUGCCGCUAGCCAACCUGACAACCAGACAGAGAACCAGACGGGCACACCUGAUGACAAGUUGGAUGCAGACUACAUCAAGCGCUACUUGGGAGACCUGACGCCUCUGCAGGAGAGCUGUCUGAUCAGACUACGACAGUGGCUGCAGGAGAGCCACAAGGGCAAGACCCUUACCCUCACUCCCUCCUCUCCCUCCUCGCCACCUUUCCAGAUCCCUAAGGACGAACACAUCCUUCGUUUCCUGCGGGCCAGGGACUUUAACAUGGAGAAGGCCAGGGAGAUCCUGUGUCAGUCCUUAACAUGGAGGAAACAGCACCAGGUGGACUAUCUGUUAGAGACGUGGACCUCACCACAGGUCCUCAAUGACUACUACACUGGAGGGUGGCACCACCAUGAUAAAGAGGGUCGUCCUCUCUAUAUCCUGCGUCUGGGACAGAUGGACACCAAGGGGCUGGUCCGAGCCCUGGGGGAGGAGUCUCUACUCAGACACGUUCUAUCCAUAAACGAGGAGGGCCUAAGGCGCUGUGAGGAGAACACCAAAGUCUUCGGCCGACCAAUCAGUUGUUGGACUUGUCUGGUGGACCUCGAAGGGUUAAACAUGCGCCACCUGUGGCGCCCGGGGGUUAAGGCCCUUCUGAGAAUCAUUGAGGUGGUGGAGGCCAACUACCCAGAGACCCUGGGACGUCUGCUCAUACUGAGGGCUCCUAGAGUCUUCCCUGUGCUCUGGACCCUGGUGAGCCCGUUCAUCGACGAGAACACCCGUAAGAAGUUCCUGAUCUACGCUGGAAAUGACUACCAGGGCCCCGGCGGCCUGCUGGACUACAUAGACAAGGAGGUCAUCCCUGACUUCCUGGGAGGAGAGUGUAUGUGUGAAGUCCCAGAGGGAGGCCUGGUGCCCAAGUCUCUGUACCGUACUGCAGAGGAGCUGGAGAACGAAGACAUCAGCCUGUGGACAGAGACUAUCUACCAGAGUGCCAGCGUCUUCAAGGGAGCGCCCCACGAGGUGGUGAUCGAGAUCAUCGACGCCUCCUCCGUGAUCACCUGGGACUUUGACGUGUGUAAGGGCGACGUGGUCUUCCACCUCUACCACUCCAAGCGAGCCCCCCAAACCCCCCGCAAGGACCCCCUAGUGGGGCAACACAGCAGCAUCACCACCCCCGGGGGGAACAACGUCCAGCUCAUAGACAAGUCCUGGACCAUAGGCCUGGACUACAGCAUGGUGGAGUCACCACUCACCUGCAAGGAGGGCGAGAGCGUGCAGGGUUCCCACGUGACCAGGUGGCCCGGGUUCUACAUCCUGCAGUGGAAGUUCCACACCAUGCCGGGCAGCGCCUCCACCAACCUGCCCCGCGUGGAUGACGUCCUCGCCUCCCUGCAGGUCUCCUCACACAAGUGCAAAGUCAUGUACUACACAGAGGUCAUUGGCUCCGAGGACUUCAGAAUGGCUUGCUUUGAUGUUCAAAGUUUGGGCUCUAUGACCAGUUUGGAGUCGAGUCACAGUGGUUUCUCCCAGCUCAGCCACGCUACCUCCUCCUCUAACCACUCCCAGUCCAGCUCCAUGAUCUCCAGGUAGAGGACUACAUCUCCUGCCAAGGACUUACAAUUCUUCCUCUGCUGAACUACAAGUCCCAGCUCCUCCAGCCUUCACAGUCUACACUUUCCGCCCUAACCACCUCAAACCUGUACUACUAUUAGUCAGUCACAAUGUGGAACUGAAGCAUGCUUGCACAACAGAGGAGAAAGAAAAUGUCGGCGGUUGAAAAACUGAAAACAAAGACUUGUGAUUUAAAGGGCUCCUAUUUUCUUGCAGCAGUCCAUGUAUAUUUCUUCACAGCUUUCUCCUGGGCUGCUGAACAGAACGUUGGCAGAACGUUUUCUGCUUGCUGAGACUUUGGUAGGUGUGGGAAGUGUCGCACCCAUGGAGCGCAAUGCCAGUUCAAGCAAUUGUCACACUCCUUUAAGGAGCUGUGGGACUGGAUAAAAACGGGAUGCGUCGAUACAUAUGUGCAUUAGAAGACUUUACACACUUCCAAGGUAUUGGUGAUACUGGAUGCGCUGUUACAUAAGAACAUGGACACUUUUUUAUAGGUUGAAGAAACGGGAUGCGCUGUUACCUGCAGACAAAACAUGCUCAAACAUAGGAAGACACACACACUCACAUACUGUAUAGACACAAACCAUAAACACAACUGCAAUGACAUGCAGAGAAACACAGUAUUUGCCAUAUCAUCAGUGGGGUUGGUCUCUACCUGGUGAAUUGUUUAUAUGUAAGGAUUGGGGGUAAAGCCGUAGCGAGGUAUCGUUUAGAAGCAUCAGUGGGGUUGGUCUCUACCUGGUGAAUUGUUUAUAUGUAAGGAUUGUGGGUAAAGCCGUAGCAGGUAUCGUUUAGAAGCAUCAGUGGGGUUGGUCUCUACCUGGUGAAUUGUUUAUAUGUAAGGAUUGGGGGUAAAGCCGUAGCGAGGUAUCGUUUAGAAGCAAUAAGCAGAGUUCAAAUAUCAACUAUUGAAAUAAUUACAUUUAUAUUUACCAUGAAAAUGUUAUGUAUGGAGGUUUUUCCUCAUGGGUGCUAUAUGUGCAAUGUUUAGGUGACCUUCCAGUUCCCGGGUGACUAAAUGGACAGACAGACAUUUAAUUUAGCUGAACUUUCAUUUGGAGAAAUAGCCAAAAGAAAUUGCAAGAGGUUAUUUUAGAAAUUUGAAUUGACACGUUUUGAAUGUGUUUGCAAAUUCUACCAGUGUUUGCAAAAUCUACCAGUCUCUUUUGGGCUCAAGACACUUAACCAAUGAUUACGUUUAAAUUCUUGAAUUUCAAUUACUGCGACUUGAAUUUGAAUGGAUUCCACCCCAAAAUGAGUGUUUCCCAUCUGUCCCUGUCUGCAGGAAUGAACCUGACCCGUAGCUAGGUGUGGUUGUGGUCAUUGGUUUGAAUGUGCUACUGAUGGUCAGGUGAGCUUUUGCUAGCCAAUGGAAUGCCCUGAACUGUCAGGGUCACAGGUCUAGGUCAAACUGCUAUUCUUAAUAGAGGGAUAUAGAGAUAUACAGAGGGAGGAAGUGAAUGUUUUUUGUGGUGAAGCUUAUCAUUUGCUACUGCGCCAUUCAUGGAAAUGUAUUGAUGCAUACAUGUACCUGGGCUAGUGCUGGUUGGAUUGUUAGUUUUCAUUGAAAGUGAAGUGGGUUGCUGCAUGUUCAUAUUGGGAUAUGGUUGAUUUUAGUUUAGGAGUUACCAUAGUAACUACUCAUGAGCCAUUUGUUAGCACCAUUUUAGCCUUUGUAACUAACCAUGUGUAUAAGAAAUAUAUCUGCUUGGUUAGGGGACACCCCCUUUGCCUCGACUGAGCGAAGUGGAGGAUGUUUCCAUUGUAAUGCAACGUACCCAUGCAAAUAAUGUUCUGGACAGCCACCUUGUGCUUCUAAAGCACCAAAGACGACAACAAAAAACUGUUCCGUCUUAUAGUUUCCAUGUUUGUUUGUUUUUGUCAAACUAUUUUUGAGUGUUUUUAGGGGAUAUUUUGAGCUUCAAGCUCACAAAAGAGAUAUUGAACUUCUCUACAGAUUACUGUUGGCUGUUUCAAAGGUUUGAUAAGCUUUUGCCUUGCAUUACAAGCUGAGGCUCUCAAGACAAGUCACCAUGCUGCUGCUUGACGUUAAGAGGGCCAACGACGUGUUUGUUGAUGGGGCGUUGGAUCUCACUUCAAGGAUUAUCGGCCAAUCAGGCGAGCAGCACGUCUGUUUUUAACAGCUUUUUGAGAUGCUACUUUUAACGAUGAUAACGAAAACCCAAGGUCAAAGUGAACAGUCUAAUGUACAGUGUGUGUCUAACUGGAAUAGCAUGAAAUGCUUUGCUCACUGAGGAAAGGACCCGCUCAGAACGAGAGCUGUUCAGUACGAACUCAUUAAGUUAUUGAAUGAAUGGAAUAAUGAGUAACUAAAUGUCUGUAAGGGUGUCACCCAUGUCAGGACUGAGGAUGUAUAGUUGUACUUAUUGUCUUCUGUACUCAUUUUAACCUUGAAGCAUGUCUAGAGAGACUAGCGUAGUUUCCUACUUUCCAGCUCUCUAUCAAAGGAAACUCAAUGUCCACAAUGUGUAGCAUAAUAUCAACACAAUGUGUAACGUGCUCAACGGUUCACCAAGCUUUAGAGAAAGGUUCCAGUCCUCUUUGAACACGACAUGCGUGUGAGAGGAGAAGAUGUUAAUUUUUCCUUUAGCUGAGUUGGAACAGUGCUUUAGAAGUGGCUCACUGUUGUUUUAAACCAGAGACCGAUGUCUUCAGUUACCUUUCAGUUUCAACUGACCUCAACAUAAUGUCACUGCUACUACUGAAAUGUAUCUGCUUAUGUAACCUGCUUUGCUCUACUUGUCAACCUUCACUUUUACUUAACUCAUUUACAUAUGAGGGCUAUUUCUGUCUUGUUUGUCACCAACCAUAUCCUGAUUUCUCCAUUUCUCUCAUCUAGCCUCCCUGUAAGACAACGAUAAUGUUGCAUAUCUUUAUUUCCCUUGAAAUUCAUAAUUAUGUUUAAAGAAAGAACUUAAAAUUAAUAUAAAAUAGCGUCUUUCCAAUUUUUCAAACCAUUAAACUUGAAUUAUGAGAAUUAAAA